AUGCAUUCAUACAUCCUCGCUGCCCUCCCAGGCCUGGCAUUGGCAUUGCCAGGUCACCACAUCGCCAAACGCGACAGCACCCUGAUUCCAACCUCGUGUUUCGACUCCACCUCGUCUUUGACAGAGUACUUUGAGUAUGGCUAUCCAUGGGGCGACACCCACAAUGGCGCGGCGAUCAUGAAAGAAUCCAAUGCCGUCAUCUCAACUGCUGGGACCUUGACGUUGAACGCGACAUACACCGGUGCCUCCGACUACGCGUGGGACUCUGGAACCGUGUACGCGAAACAACAGUUCACAGUCGAGGCCGGAGGCGGGCUAGACUUCUCGGUCGACUUCAUCGCGACAGUGGAUAAGGGCACUUGGCCGGCGUUCUGGCUGAAUGGCGUGAACUCGUGGCCUCCCGAGAUUGACAUUGCAGAGUGGAAAGGUUCUGGGGAUAUCAGCUUCAACACAUUCAAUUCAUCCAGCGAGGUUGAGGCCAAGGAUGUGGAGUAUCCGUCGCCCACGGAGUUCCACGCCGUGAAGGCUGAGCUGCGGGAUGAGAAUGGUGCCGAUGUCAGCGUGAAUUUCUAUCUUGAUGGGUCCUUGGUGACCACUCAGUACGCUGGAGGUCUGGUUGGCGAGCCAUUGCACUUGAUCAUCGACCUGCAGAUGGAGGGAAGCAGUGGAAGCCCGGGUCCAGAAGGAAGUAAGUUCCCCCAUCGGCCAAGGUGUUCUGGCGUGUUCUCAAGACCACGCCAGUGA